CGAGUUUCUCAGGUGGAGCCUGGCUGGGAAGGUUGCUCUAGGGGCACACGCUCCUGGGGUGCUGAUGGACGCGCCCUUCAGCUUGUGGUUCCCAGGAUCAUGCACAGUCUGCACAUUGCAAGGACUGGCAGAGACUGGGACUGCAGCACAGUAUGGAGGGGAGCGGAGAGGCAACGCCCCCUACAGAAAGAGGACCCAGAGAAAGAUCGAAAUCUGCUUCUAGAAUAUUCUGGGGAUUCCUGGCUGUCGCAUUACUCUUUUCCAUAGUGGGGAUUAGUGUGGUUGGUGUUCUGGGCUGGAAAGAUAACAAAACAAAGCCUCUCUUACAGGUUGUCCGCCUGACCUACAAAAACUUGCAGGGUACUUCUGUAAACCAGUCUGCAAUUACUGACAAGCGGAGGAACACAGUCACCUAUCGGGUUACGUCCAGAAACCAGACCUCUCUGGUGUUAUUUGACAGCAAACACGGACUGGUUUGCUAUCGGGCUGCCGGAGAGAAAUCCUGUUUCCUUCGCCAUAUGGAGAUUCGAGAUAUAGAGAAUAUACAAUCCUUCCUAAAUAUGUCUCUGCCCAAGGACGGGGUCCUACUGCAGAACAAUAAGACCAGAUACUACCGGGAAUUCCUAGGGGUAAUCGGAGGACGAAAGGUCAAUCACGAACUUGUAGGGGAACCAGUACAACUGUUAUGCGACCAACUCCCUAUAUACUGGGUGAAAAAGAGCGAGGGCCCAGCGAGACGCCUGAUUUAUCUCUGCAUCGACAUCUGUUUCCCCAACAACAUCUGUGUCUCUGUCUGUUUUUACUACCUGCCGGACUAGGCCAGUCCUGCGCAGGGACAGACUCCUUCCAGCUCCACCCAGGACCAUCCCGUCACAGCACAUUUUGCACAGUGUCAGAGUGGAGUUCUUUUAGGGUUUAUUCUUAUUUGUUUUUAAAUGUGAACGGUUAACCCUCUUAUGGCCGCUGGACUCUGAAGUUGACUGCACACUUCCCAUUAACCCACUGAUUGCUGCCAACAUUAGCCUGUUAUGUAUAUCUUCUAUUCAACCCCAGGACAAUAAGGACUACUGGUUGAAGAUGGAACUGAAUACCAGUAUGAUUAAGUGUUGCUUCAAACAAUGACUUCUACAUGAGGAACCCUGUAAUGGGCAUGGUACACUGUUGCACUGGUUAAGGUGUGGCUCCUAUUUCUGUUCUAGUGUAGUCCAUAAAGAAUGAAGUUGGGGAAAUGUAUUAACGGGGAUGCAAUGCCUGUUGACCUAUCCAUGUACAAGGUAGUGUUCAGUGUUGUUAAAUAAAGUUUAUUACAUUGUGAAA